AUGCCUCUCGCGCUAAGAAAAGCCAUGGUUGCUACUGAGGAUCAGCUGCUGAGCACGACUGGAGAAAAAGGCUCCGUGAGAAGUGUGGAACAGCUUGAAAACAGAUUGACUAUUCACGACUUUAUGAAAAUGCAAGAGCUUUUUCUGUCCUCAGAGUUAAAUGAGAACAUCGGUAUGACUAGAGAAGAAUUCAUGGAGAAAAUGUCUGCAGCGAUUAAACAAGGCACCAAAGAAGAAUAUGGUGACCUGUUUGAUAAGAUAGAUUUGGCCCGAGAUGGUCUUAUCAGUUGGGAGAAAUUGACCUCCUUUGUGCUCCUUGAGCUGUAUGAGAGAGAUGAACAAACCAAGUUAUCAGUUAUCCCCCAGUGGAAGGACCUCCAUCUUAUCCCACCAGUCCAUAAAGACAAUGUUGAAAACAUAAUGUUUUUGAAAAGCCUCAGUGGCUACCUGACUGUGAGCAGGAGUGGAUUGCUUGGCAUCUGGACAGAGAGUUUAAUGUUACAGAGGACUCUUCAGAUCACUACGGAAUCUGUCAAACCAAAAGACCUCUGGGUGACUUCUCUGGUUGCACUACCAAAUGUUAACAAGGUUGCAGUUGCAUUUACAAGCAAAGAGGUUUACUUUGCCGAGCUGAAUUCCAAGCAAGGGUUCUCUUGUCAGUACAGACUUCAAGGCCUGGAAGGAACAGUGAUAUGCAUGAACUAUUGGUACAAUCCUCAUGAUGGAAAUGAAGCCAUUUUGAUAAUGGGGGAUGUCUGUGGGCAGGUUCAAGCAAUUCUCUUCAACACUGCCCUGAUCUCAUUGUUCGACAGACCUUCCAAUUCCCAUGAAGAUGAAAACGUGACAAUGACGAUUAAUUGGCAAGAGCUGGUCUCUGGAGAUCACAGAUGUUGCUAUGUAUUAAGGCACAGACUUCAUGACAAAGAAUGGGUUAGACAAGUUGCAUACAGCUCCUCUUUAGAUGCCUUUAUUUCUGUUACAACGUGUAGUACGAACACCCUAGUGCUGGCCUGGAGAGAGAAAUUAAGUCCUCAUCUUACAAUGACAACCUUUCAUGUCACUCAAGGAGUUAAUGCUUUUGACUUCCAUCCCCGGCUCAACUUAAUAGCAACUGCAGGAGUCAAUCGCCGUGUUUGCCUUUGGAACCCUUACGUUACCUCUAAAUCCGCUGGAGUCCUGGAAGGCCAUUCGGACAGUGUCGUAGCAGUCCAGUUCAUUACUGAGCGCAAACUGCUUUUCAGCUUUGCAAAGGAUAAGGUGUUAAGGAUCUGGGAUAUUCAGCACCAGCUUUGCAUCCAGAGGAUUGCUGGUUCCUUCCCCAAAAGCCUCGACUUCUAUUCUCUGCUUUACUUUGAUGAACCUCGCGGGCGUCUGUUCAUCUCAUUUAACAACCAAUUGACAUUACUGGAAAUGGAGCCGGAUACAGGCAAGAGCAGAGUCGCGAGUCACAGGAAAGCCGUUACCUGCGUUCUUUACAAUUUGGUUUUCAAGCAGGUAAUCACCUCCGAUACGGGAUCGACUGUUAUCUUCUGGCUGAUUGAUACCGGGCAAAAAAUCAAAGAGUUCACACGUUGCCAUGGGAAGGCUGAGAUCACCACUAUGGCACUGGAUGGGAGUGAGACGAGACUGUUCACUGGAAGCACCGAUGGGACAGUGAAGAUUUGGGACUUCAAUGGACACUGUCACCAUCAACUUAAUGCUGGAAGAGACCGAGCUGUUGAAAUUUCCCAGAUCUUGGUGCUAAGCCGAACUAUAUUGGUUCUAGGCUGGGACAGGAUGAUUACUGUCUUCCACCUGAGCAGUUUGACCCAGAGUCUUGUUCAGCCCUCGGAAUGGAAAGGAGGAGCUCAGCACCUGGAUGACAUCUUAUGUGCGGUGUUUUUACCUCCACAAACUCUAGUUACAGGUAGUUCUGGUGGCGAAAUCGUUGUAUGGAAUAACAGUACAGAAAAUGCCUACAUUAAACUGAACCUGAAUCCAGGAAAAGCCCAAACGUCCCACUCAGAGUUGCAGAAAGGGAGUUCUACUGGCCGGCUGCCCUCUAGAAGACACACGUUAUCCGGGGCUCGCUACUCCAUCUCUGGUGCAGAGAACUGCAGUGCUAUUACCAGGCUCUUCUUUCUAGAGGCCCGGGAGAAUAUGUCAGUAACAGGAGGAGCAAAUUUAGUAUCUUGUGGAGCUGCUGGUUAUGUCAGGUUUUGGAAUAUACAGAAAAGCCAGCUACUGGGAGAGUUUGAAGCGCAUGGUGGCGUGGGAUCCAUUAUCAUGACAAUUGAUAAAGCAAGCCAGUACCUGAUAACAGGGGAUCUGGCUGGAUGGGUGAAAAUAUGGAACAUAGAGGACUAUUGCCUUUCUUCUGGUGACAACAUGGUAACAACCCAGCUGCCACCUCUGGCAAGAUCAUUCCAGCCCCAUGAGGAUGGUGUCACGUAUCUGGAAACCUGCAGGCGAAACAGCUGCCUUUUCAUCCUGUCAUCUUCGACAGACUGCAGCAUUGUUCUGAGCGACAUUAAUGGUGUACCUUUUGGAACAUUUGGGCAGGAAGGGCACUGGAGGAUUGGAAAUUAUGUCCCAUCCUUCCCCAGAGGUGAAAACAAGGACCAGACAGAAGAAGGGAAUGACGUUAAAGAGAACAGCUCUGACCCUGUACCUUUUGUGGAGGAACAGUCACCUCCUAAUCUAGUGGAACAGGACGUACCUUUUAUAGAGGAUAAAGAAGACUUAGCAUAUACAGUGAAUAUAUGGGAGAACACAAUAUUGGGUAAAAAGUAUAAAGAAAAGCAUAACUGGAAGGGAAGAAAAUACACCCUCUUCAGUAAAACAGCUGGGAUCAAGCCAACAGUCAUAUUUAGGUCAUUAAACAUUGAAGCCCUGAAGGAGACGACAGAAAUGAAGAAGCUCGACUUUCUCCUGCACCCUGAUAAAUACUUUGGGGAAAAGUCAGUGGAGAAACGCUGGGAAGAUUUAAAGCUGCCUACCCUUUCAGCUACCCUGAAAGCUCCGUUCAAUGAAAAGAACUUAUUCCCCAAAGAAAUCCUGGACCGUGAAAAAAAAACAAGGCAGCUGUGGGAAGAGCUGAGCAACGAAGCCAGGAUAAAAAAUGGUGGAAAGCCAGGGAAGUCGAAAGGAAAAUGA